AUGGGGCUCAAAGCUGUUGAGUCGCACAUGAAAGGAGGGAAACCCCAGCGGUACGAAGCAGCAGCUAGUCAUAGCGGGAACAGGCUAAUCCCCGCAUUGCUGGCAGCACCAUCUAAAGACUCUCCAAUUUCAGACGGCACCUCUCAGUCGGAUAUGGUAAAAUUCAUGUCACCACCAGACACACAAAAGGCAGAGGUACUGUGGGUUCUCCACACUGUGACGAGGCACAAUUCAUUUAAAUCCAAUGAGGACAUACGUGACGUCUUUGCUGCUAUGUUCCCUGAUUCCCAGCUUGCAAAAUCAUUCACGUGUGGUGAAAAUAAAACGGCAUAUGUCGCCAAAUAUGGCAUCGCUUCAUUCAUCAAGAAGGAGCUAUCACGUAGCGUUUCUGAGAAGCCAUAUGUUGUCAUGUUUGACGAAAGCAUGAAUAAAACGACAAAGAGCAAACAAAUGGACCUUCAUUUACGGUUCUGGACUACUGAUGAUGAGACUGGCACACACCAUGUCAUCUCCCGCUUCUAUGGGUCGGAGUUCAUGGGUCACUCCAGGGCCGAGGACAUCAUGGCUCAUUUCAAGGAAGGUACAAAGGAGUUGGAUCUGAACAACAUGGUCUCACUGUCAAUGGAUGGGCCUUCUGUUAAUUGGAAAUUUGUUGAACUCUUACAAGAGGAACACCGAGAGCAGUGUGGUGGAGCCCAGCUACAAAUGACUGGGAGUUGUGGCCUUCAUACUAUGCACAACUCGUUCAAGAAUGGCUUUGCGGUGUGGCAAGUUGAGAAAGUCUUAAAAGCCCUGCACUACUUGUUUCAUUGUGCACCUGCAAGGAGAGAAGACUUUGUAUUAGUCACCAAGUGCAAUACAUUUCCUCUGCCAUUUUGUGGACAUCGAUGGCUGGAAAACCUGCCGGCAGUGGAGAGAGCCAUUGAAAUUUGGCAAUAUAUCAUCACCUAUGUGGAUCAGGUCAAAGCCAAGAAACUCCCCAAUCCAAGGUCAUCGUCAUAUGACACUAUCGCAGAAGCCCGGAUGGAUCCCUUGAUCCUAGCAAAGUUGCACUUCUUCAUGAGUGUCUCAAGAAGUUUUCAGCCAUUUCUCACCAAUUACCAGACAGAUGCCCCAAUGAUUCCAUUUCUUGGCAGAGAUUUGGAGGAUCUAAUCAGGAGCCUUCUCAGACGUUUCAUAAAGCGAGAUGUCCAUGUUGAUCUUUCUCCAGUAAAACUGGUCAAGCUUGAUGUGACAGACCAAAAACUUUGGGUCAGUCCAAAGCAACUGGACAUUGGCUUGGGAGCCACAGCUGCCCUUAAGGUGGAUCUCUGGCAGCGGCGGAGCAGGCUGGACCUCCGGUGGCUGGGCAGGCUGGACUUCCGGCGGCUGAGCAAGCUGGACCUCCUGCGGACGGCCGGAGGACUGCGCAGGCUGGAGUCCAGGCGGACGGCCUGA